AUGUCGAAGUCAGGCGUCGUGAAGAACUGGGUGGAAGACAAAGGCUUCGGCUUCAUAGGCCCCGACGACGGCAGCGAAGACCUGUUCUGCCACACAUCCUGCCUACAAGGGUGCAAGGGCCUGGGCAAAGGGGACAAGGUCCGUUUCGAUGCGGAGUACGACGAUCGCAAAGGCAAGAUGCGAGCAGUGAACGUCUCUCUGGAGGGUGGCGGAGGUGGCGGCGGCGGGGGCCGUGGCUAUGACCGGGAUGAUCGUCGCGGAGGCUAUGAUCGGCGAGAUGACCGCCGUGACGACCGCCGAGACCGCCGGGAUGACCGCCGGGAUGACCGUCGCGACUAUGACCGCCGAGAUGACCGACGAGACGACCGACGAGACGAUCGGGGCGGCGGCGGCAAGGGCAAGGGAGGCAAAGGUGAGCGCUUCGGUGGGGACAACAGAGGUGAUGACAUCAGCAACGGCGGUAACCGCCACCUCACAGCGCGCGAGAUCUUCAUGAGGCACCAGCAAGAGAAGGGAGGAAGAGGCCGCAGCCCAUCGGUCUCGCCGCGAGAAUUUCAACUAAGUCUGGCGACGGAGUUGUGGAGGCAGAUCUCUGCGGCCUUUGCUGACAAGAUGGCCUCGAGUGUUCUCAAAGCGUGCUUUAUGAAGCAGCUCGGCCAAAGCAGUGAAGAAGCACGCUUUCUGCUGGAUGGAGGCAUGUCGAAGUCAGGCGUCGUGAAGAACUGGGUGGAAGACAAAGGCUUCGGCUUCAUAGGCCCCGACGACGGCAGCGAAGACCUGUUCUGCCACUCAUCCUGCCUGAAAGGGUGCAAGGGCCUGGGCAAAGGGGACAAGGUCCGUUUCGAUGCGGAGUACGACGAUCGCAAAGGCAAGAUGCGAGCAGUGAACGUCUCUCUGGAGGGUGGCGGAGGUGGCGGCGGCGGGGGCCGUGGCUAUGACCGGGAUGAUCGUCGCGGAGGCUAUGAUCGGCGAGAUGACCGCCGUGACGACCGCCGAGACCGCCGGGAUGACCGCCGGGAUGACCGUCGCGACUAUGACCGCCGAGAUGACCGACGAGACGACCGACGAGACGAUCGGGGCGGCGGCGGCAAGGGCAAGGGAGGCAAAGGUGAGCGCUUCGGUGGGGACAACAGAGGUGAUGACAUCAGCAACGGCGGUAACCGCCACCUCACAGCGCGCGAGAUCUUCAUGAGGCACCAGCAAGAGAAGGGAGGAAGAGGCCGCAGCCCAUCGGACUCCAGAUCCCGCAGUCCAGCGCCAAGGUCUCGCCGCGAGAAUUUCAACUAA